AUGACAUCGCGAGAAGAUAGUGUUCUGGCCCCCAGAAACCCGUCUCUAACGGACGAGAACGAUUGGGAAGAGUUCAGCCUGGCCGAGGUCAGAGUCCUGGUCCCCGGCAAAUCGCGUUAUGCCAACCUACUCGCGGCCUCCGAAGACAAUCCGGUCCAGGUAACCGGAACCCUGGAGGAGGUGGAAGAGGAACAGGAGAAGCUAGUUCUCGAUCCCGACUACCUAACGAAGCGCAUUGUACUCGAGAAUGUGACGCAUUACGCCUACGGACAACAUAAUGACGGCGAGGUCGGAUUCUGGGUCGCUGGGCGAGCCGGUUGGUUCUCCAUCUCUCCCGCGAGGGGUUACCGGCCUAUGUUCAAUGAUGUCGUCGAGGCCAUCGAUCUAUUCUACUUCCUAGCCGAUCGACAUCAAUCCAAGCGACGCAAGGGAAAGAACUGGAAUCCCAGCGUUGAAUAUCUUUGCGAGGAGUAUGUGAAUCAUACUCAUGGGAUCUGUGAGGAUGCAGAUGAUUCAGCCGAGGUGUUCUACAAACACCACAUCUUCCUCCUCUCCCGCAUGCUGAAGGGCGAAGAAGGAGUUCAAUGGACCAGCACCAGUGUUUUUGAGCAUCUUUGCGAAAAGUUUCCGGUACGCCCCGUUCCCCUCCUCCUUCCUGUAUACCCCAUCGAUCCUAACUUCCGAGUCCAGGAGUCAUAUGAAGAGAUCAAAGCCCAACAGGAACCACCCCGGCAAGAAGAUGAAGAGGACUCGGCCGACGGCGCAAAUGGAGAAGAUGUCAAAAAGGACAAGAAGAAGUCGGGAAAGAAGGCCCACUCUCUUGAUCCCACGGUGGUCCCCAAAGCUCAGGCAGAUACGGUUUAUCAGGUCAUUCUGGAUCUAAAGGAGGCAGGUCAUUUGGCCAAGCGCCAGCUUAAUCUCGACCUUGUGGCCUCAACUCUGGUCGAGGACUAUGAGGUUGACAGCGCAGAAUAUGCGCAAGACCUCAUCGCAUCCAGAGCCGACAUCGUCCUCGAGUUGAUGGAUGAGGCCAAGACGUCGAACUUCGACUGGUCUCGCAAGGCAAUCUACCGGGAGCUAAAGUCCGCCUCCGAGAAGAAUGGCCUAGAGCAUGUGGCUCUGACUCCGUUGCGGCCUCGGUCUGCGAAAGAUGAAUCUCCCCAGGAAGAUAGCGACGAUGAAAAGGAGAAUGAAAAUGAGAACGAGAACGAGGAAGAUCAACCCAAGCAGCGGAAGCGUCGAGUCCGGAAGUCUGUCUUGCGACCCAAGAGCUCCGUCGCUACCAAGCAAACCGGCAAGCGAACGAGGAGCGCCGCCACCGAUCAAGAAGAUGUAUCCGACAACAAUAUGGAUACUGAGGAUUUCGAAACCCCGAGCAAAGUUCGCGGCCAUGAUCUAGUCCGUGAUCCUUUAUCCACUCGUGCCAAACGCCGCACCCGCUCCAUCCUUUCCGACUCCGGAUCGACCCUGUUCUAUAAGACGCCCUUACAAGAGACCCUCCAGAGCCGAAACACUUCCGUCUCCCUGGCCGACCAAGACGUAUCUGAUGCGGAAAUGCCCGCCGGGGACGACGUAUCUUCCGACACGUGGACCUGCCAAGUCCGAGGUUGCGAUAAGGUCAUCUACAAAAGCAGCACCAAACGAAGCAAAGAAUUGAUCCAAGACCAUUCACUGGGGCAUGCCGAUGACACAAAGGCGAAGGUCGACCUGGUCUUCUCCGAGCAGCGCCUGAACAUCGGCCUUAGCGUCGAUCAUCUUCUCAGUCAUAUUCAAGGCAUGGGGACGCUGAGCGAGCUUCCAGACCUAAGCGGCGGAACGGACGGAACGGACGGAACGGUCAAGACGAAUGGGAAUCAUGGCGCCAACGGAAUUGGGGCAUAA